CAUUUAACUCCUAACUUAAUUAAGUAGUAGUCAACUAUGCUCAUCUAGGUCAACUCACUUGACUAAUCUGCUCAUGAAAACGUGCUCAGAACUUGUUUAGAGAUUUACUUGGAAUUUUUUAGGCGAAAGAAUUCUCAGUGCGAUAAAGUUUGUAGAAAUUUUUAGGCUGCUAUCUGCUCUUUUUAUUCGAGGAAUGAGAGUAUCAUCAUUUUAUUAGGCACAAUUCUUUCAUAAUUCUUUUUAGAAUUUGAUGGAACCUUCUUGUGUUACUUCUUAUCGCGUCUAAAUAGAUUAAUUAUUGGUAAAAUCCUAUGCUCGUUGAUGCAAAUCGAUAUAUUAUGCUUCUCAAGUCAAAAUAGUGCUGGAAGGAAAAUUUCGGCAAUUUGUGUUUGAAUUAAAUUCAUUUCGUGAACCAAUGACAUUGAUUAUUCAUACGGGCGUGGGGUUGUGUAAGGCUAUUGCAGCUUGUGGUGCUUCGAUAAGCUUAUCGCUUGGCCUGCGUGGGCCGAUCGGAAGGCGUGAAGUGAGUGUGAUCGGGCGAAGUUUGUUUACCUCCCAUCGAGCUGUAUGGAGAGUCGUCGCCAGGUGUACCGCGGAGAGCAACUGCCCUCAACUCCGGACACAACUCCUACCAGGGGAUUUCUGGCGAAUAUUGUGGGUAGAAAAAAAGCGUCGUAUUCCGUGACACCUCCUCCAGUUCGCAAAGCUACGAGGCCGGCUUUGCUUCAGCCAACAGACCUCAACUUCCGCAAUGCAGCUUCUUGUCCGCUACUACCGAGGCCUGUUAGAGCCGUACCUUGCUCUUCUCCGUCAUCUCCCUCUUCUGUGAUCGAACAUCGUGCAGGAAAAAUAUCUCCGGCUCCAUUUGCUUCUCAGGAAGUUUGUGACAAUCAAAUAAAGGUCAUCAGUGAUAAAGGAAACAAGAUUCCACUCGUAAUAGUGGAUUCUACAAAGUGUUCAGACAUACAAACGGGAAGCUGUUUAAAUUCAUAUGUUGACAACCAUGUAGAAUUACGAAAACAAGAAGAUUAUAAUCCCGAUCACAGAUGGUCACAUCACCGCCGUAGUGCUUCCAUGUCACCCGGUGACUGCAAACCGUCCGAGUCGCCGCUGAGGUCCAUCAUUCCUAAGGGAAUAUCUUCCCUGCAGCGCCCCCUGGCUGGCGUAGAUGCCUUGAUACGAGCAUCAUGUACGUCCAUGCUUGUGACCGAACACCCGCGAUUUCAGAGGUCCUCUACGUGGAUUUCACCUCCAACUAUCCUGCAAAGCUCCAACCCAUUAAUCCAGAAUGCCAUUUUUCCAUGCAGUACGGCUUCUGGAGCUUCUGCGUACUCGGUACAAGUCAAAAACACUAGCGAAGCCCCCAGCAGCGUGCCUGUUGAUGAGGGAUCUCUGCCUCGUCUUGCUGAAGGAAAGAGGUUCUCGCUGCUUCAGAGGAGUCACAGCUACACCAACAGGCCGCCCGUUACCCCCAACCACGCCAGCGCGAAUGAUUCGACUUUUAAUUACAAUUCGUCCAGCCUAGGAAGGCCUGUGAAGCAGAAGCAUAACUUGUCCUUGCAGGAGAAUGUGCAGCAGUACAAAAACUGGCUCAAAGACACUCCAAAAUCCAGCAAACCGGGAAACUUCAUCCGACAGAGCCUGCGCGGCAUCCAGAAAAAGAAACAAAUCAAUCCUCCACAUUUUAAAUCCACACUCAACAGUAGCCCGGUAUCCACGGUACAGCACCGGUCCACCGUGCCGGUGCUCAGCGAGAAUGGCAAGGAUACCGUGAAGCUGGCGGGAGACGACGUGUUGCGGGCGCUUGCGUUCUACCAGGACACGGUCGUCAAGCAGAUAACUGACAUGUUACCAGGAGCUGCGUCUGUAGUCAUCGAUAUGGUGCAGCUCCUCAACAAAGCCGUCGAUAAAAUAUUACCAGACAAAAGCGAAGAGCUGAUGAAGCUGCAGCGGUCGCUACAUUACAGCCUGGCUGACCUGGUGAAGUGGGGUGACCGCAUCCUACUGUACGGGCCUGACGUAUCCAACACAACACCAGUGCAAACUGUCGUCCAGAACGUCACGGAUGCCACCAAUAAUUUCGUUAAGAUGGCACAGGAGCUGUCGCCAGAGAAACGCAUGAGCCCAGACGCAGGCAGCGGCAGUCGUGCAGAGGAGCAUUCGAACGCCUCCCACAGAAGAGGUCGCGUCCCGAGGAGCCUCCCCGCCCUCGAACCUUCCACCUCGAGCUUGUCACUUCCCUCGGUCAGCACUCAACCUCCCUCUCCUCCCCAACACCCUCGACCUCACUCCUCUCCUUCAGGAGACUCUCGUUCCUCUCCUUACCGCAAUUGUACGCUCUUGCAACCUAUAAGCGACGUCUCCUCUUGCUCCUCCACUGAGGAACUAAACCACUUCCCGUCGCCCUCGCCCGACACCCACAGCCUCCCCCUCCCAUUCAGGCUCACACACUCGCUCAGCUCGGACUCCAUACGACAUGCUGGGGAAGACGUCCCCAGCAGCCCUGCGCUCAGGGGCGCCGACCUAACCGACUCGUGCCCCGGCACCACGCCCCACAGUCAUGGUCUCUCACAUGAUAUUGAUACCUCGUAUGAUAACAGUUUAUCAAAACCUCCGCCACUGCCGGCGAAGCAGCGGCCCCGCAGCCAUGCUCGUUCUUCCUCAUCGACGUCGGGCUCUCCGCUGUACAACUCAGUCACACAACCGACGUCCCGUAACGGCUCAUUAAUACGGUCGGAGGGUAGCGAGUCCGUCAACUCGAGCACCGACCACCUCAGUCACCGCAACUCUAUUGACAGUGGCGUUAGUGUUGCCAGAGAUAGCUGUGACAGGCUAAGGUCGCGAUCCAGUCAAAGUGGUCUAGAUGCUUCAGACUCGGGAACAUUGAGACUCAGUUCUGCUUCAGCCACCAACACCCGCUCGCCUUCACAGACGUCACCGGCUACAAGUCUCGAUAGUUUCAACCAUGACCAAUUUGAGCGGAGAUGCUCACUCGAACUGGAUGACCCCAAGAUGGACCUGGCCUCCUCAGUCUCAGCAAACUGCGCCUUCACUGAGAGCCGACAGAGCGUCAGACUCCUAAGCGACCACUUUCCCGAGAUGACGCCACUUGAUUCCUGCAGUUUGACCUACCAGAGCAUACAGACGGAAAUGCGGAGCCGCAAGAGCAGCAGUAAAGUUAGCGAGAUGAGCUUGCAUGUGGAGAAUAGUUCCUCAAUUACUCAGCACCUGUACCGCGUCAGCACUGCAUCCACUGCACGCUCAUCCACAUCAUCUUCAUCAUCCACACUUUCGUCAGCCAGCGAGGGCGAGACGAAUGGUUGCAACGUACUGAGCUUGUCGGUGCCGCCUCAGCUGCCCGCCAAAACUCGCAACGCUUCGCCUAACAAUGCCUUGUCAACUCUACAGAGGAAUGUUGUGAGUUGCCCAAGUCCCGACCUUCCUCCCAAGAAGACGUCGAAUGGUGGCAGUAUUAACGGUAACGGCUACAGCGGCAGCAACAGCAGCAUGCUCAGUAACAGCAGCUCCAACAGCAGCGGCAGUAGCGGAUAUAUUUCAGAUGUACCGCCUCCUCUUCCCGCCAAAGCAAGACACUCGAACGUUGGCAGAUACGUCUCGUCAUUGUGUGAGACCUACAAGCCCGAGUUGCCGCCUAAACAGAAGAAACAGAGCUUACCGAACUCAUGCGCUUCGCAAGACGGCUGUCCCGUGGCGGCCCUACGAGCCUCCGACGACAGCGACAGGCUCAAGCCAGCGGACGAUCCCGAGACACUCGAGUCCCCUAUGAACCCCGCACGUGAGGACGACCGAGGGGUCUUGGAGAAGUUCAACGCUGAGGGCUUCAUCUUCGUUAGUCCCGGCGAGGGGGACGAGGGUCCCAGCGUCAGAGGGGGCAGCCCUGACGCUCUGCUGGUGCACGCCUGCGCUGCCGACGAAGACCCCCUGGCAGAUGACGGUACAGAGUUCAAGGAUGCGUUUGUGGCAACAUACCGAACGUUCAUGUCUGCUGAGAGCGUCAUCGAGAAAUUGCUUCACCGCUACAAUAAAUUUAAUGGCUCCAAUGAACGCUUGGCUAAAUUAGCAACGACAAAGUCCUUUUCUUUAUUAUUGAGCGUUGUUCAGUAUCUUGCCAUUACCGACCUCGACGUUACACUACUUGAAACUGUCUCAGAUUUUCAAGUAGACUUAAUUCGUGCAAGCGAGAUUGCCUUAGCUAAAUGUCUGAGAAUAGAACUGUUGAAAAAGUUAAUAGUUCGGGCAUCCCUGCAUUUACCCAAAGACGCGCUCACGUCAAAGAACAUCUCGACGAAGCAAAUGACGCUCAUCGACUUCAAGGCGCACGAGCUCGCCGAGCAGAUGACCGUCUUGGACGCUGAGCUUUUCGAUAAGGUGGAGCUGCCGGAAGUUUUGAAAUGGUCGAUGGAUCAGAGUGAAGAAUCUUCGCCCAACCUGAAGAAGUUCACUGAACACUUCAACAAAAUGUCCUAUUGGGUCAGGACUAGAAUCCUCGAUCAAAAUGACCCCAAGGAUCGCGAGAAAUAUGUUAUGAAGUUUAUAAAGAUCCUUAAAAAUUUACGAAAAAUUAACAAUUUUAAUUCAUACCUCGCUAUUCUCUCGGCAUUGGACUCGGCUCCCAUACGGCGUCUUGAAUGGCAGAAGAAUAUCACUGAUGGUCUGAGGGAAUAUUGCGCGCUUAUUGAUUCUUCAGCUUCGUUUAAAGCCUACAGAACUGCUCUGGCUGAAGCAAGAGCGCCUUGCAUACCAUAUAUAGGCCUGAUCCUGCAAGACUUGACGUUCGUCAACAUCGGCAACACGGACUUCCUCCCUGACGGCCACGUCAACUUCACCAAGCGGUGGCAACAAGCCAAAAUUCUCGAAAAUCUUCUUUACUUCAGAAAAGAAAAGUACACAUUCAAGAAGAAUGAACAGAUCAUCGAUUUCUUCAACGACUUCGAAGACUACAAGGCUGAGGACGACCUCUGGGAAAUCAGUAAACAAAUCAAACCUAGAAAUAGCAAGCGUCUGAGUUAAGCCCUCGAAUUUUUUACGCCCACUACUCCUUUGAUGCAUAAGAAAAAAUAUCUUACCGUUUGUUCAGCUAAUGUGAGAAAUUUAACUGCAAUGUCAAGCUCUCCGAUUUGGUUUAGUGAUCGUAAUGGCUCGGUCUCUGCACUCUCCGUGUAUUCAAAAUUAUUCUCACAAUAUCAAUAUUUAAUUGGGGGCUGAGAGAGCUCUUAAAGGCUUUUAAUGAUAUUUUAAAAGCAGUGUUGUUACUUUUACUCAAGACGAGUUAAACUAAACGAAAAAUGUGAAUCCAAUUGUUGUAAUUUUCUGUGUUACUUUUUUUGCUGACCGUCUUACUUACGUAGAUAUUAAUGUAUAUUUAAUUUUCGUUUAUUUACCCGUUCAAGUGAUUUGUAGCAAUUCUACUUACUCUUAAUUUUCGACCUAUGAGUGGAGAUGCUUGGGAAAAACAAGUAGAAUUUCUCUUUUUAUUAUCGGGUAGAAAGGAGGCGGUAAUAAAGUAAUAUACGAAGGAAGUAAUUCUGAAGCUGUAGGUGACGCUCUAGUCCUACUGAUGCCUAGGACGUUGACGUGGCGUCUAAUACGUUGAGGUUCUGGCGUCACGUUAAUGUCUAUUAUUUUGUUGUUGGUGGCCUGAAUUACUGGUGAAAUAGCUCAUAUUGAGCAACUGUAGUGCGUGUGUAUGAUGAGCGUUAAUGCAACGUAUGCGCAUAUUAUAUUUCGCUGAAUUAUCGUAUUAAUAUGGUGCAUUGCUCAACAUUUACCAAAACCAUCGAGCUGAGUAGUUGCCCUAAUGUUAAUGGUACGUUGUGCUGUCAGAAGAUGAAUUUGAUUCAUUGAAAUGAUUAAAAGUAAGACGACGAGCUAUUGUAAAUUUUUGUACAUUGUUGAGUCACAGCAAGCGAGCAUCGAAGUAAGCGAUACAGUUUUCUUGAAUUGUAAAAAAAUGUUUGUGUUCCAUCAGCUGGAACUGUGCUUCUGCAAUUCUGAUUGGAUUUUUGUUGCCAUUUAUCUUGUACUUAUAGGAAUAAGAGACGCUAGGCAUUUCUAUACCAAUGAAUUUAUGUUAAACUAUUGCAAAACAUCGAAUGUACCGUAGUGUUUGUGUAAGCGUGUGUGCUUAACAUAAUCGCUAGUGGCACCCGGAGACCAAUUCUUCAUAAUGUUGCAUAUAUCAUAAUAUUCUGUCCAAUAGCUAGCAUUUAAACCAAAGACUAAAUAUUUGCUAGAAAUGUUUUAGUAUAAGGACUUGUUGGCCAGUUUCGUUUCGCCCAACGUGUUUAAUAAUACAUGCAGCCUCUAAAUGGCCAAGGCAGCCUCAUGCAGCCUCUAAAUGGCCAAGGCCUCCUCACGCAGCCUCUAAAUGGCCAAGGCCUCCUCACGCAGCCUCUCGAUGGCCAAGGCAUCCUCACGCAGCCUCUAAAUGGCCAAGGCCUCCUCAUGCAGCCUCUAAAUGGCCAAGGCCUCCUCAUGCAGCCUCUAAAUGGCCAAGGCCUCCUCAUGCAGCCUCUAAAUGGCCACAAACACGCAGGAUUAUAUUGUGCACGAGUUUUUAUGUCGAAAUAUGCUACAUAAUUUUAAAUUUUUUCUGAAACGAUCCUUUUUAUAUUAAGGAUUAUUUUCACAGUUGGUUUGCUCCAUAAACUUGACAAGCAGAAGAGGAAAGUUUCCGAUAAAACCUCCAUGAAGGCGGUAGCAAAAAUUUCUUUACUUGAAUUAUUGUGAAGCUCAGUGUUAGAUUAACUAACACGCUUACCCAUCUAUUGUUUUCACGGUGUCUGUCAUGUGGGUAAUAUGCCGUCUUAUUUUUGUGCAUUUAGCCGUUGAAUAAUUAAAGGCCUCAAAGGAAUGGUAGCAAAAGAGGGCUAGUGUCUUCUCUGCAAACACACGAUUGUUAAACCUUAAGAUCUCCCUUAUAAUAAUUACUGUAGCAUAGAUCUUAGCAGCGUAAUCAAAGAGUCGAGGCUGGUCUGCCUUCUUAAGGUUCCAGCUCCAAGAGAGGAUAUAACCUUUUUUUCUAUGCAAUAUUUGAUAUUGCUCUUUGUCUGCCGGGCAGUUUCAGUGAUUUUCGUCAAGACUGAAAUGUUUUAUUCUCGCGGCAAUUUUUAAUUUGUUCGCCUGUGCUUCGGUGUAAAUUUCUAGUCAGUUUUGAGUCAUAGCAGCGGGCAGUUGUGCUGCCAUAUGAGCCCGUGUCUGGGCAAUAAUUUGAGCUCAUCUUCGUCUGGUGUUCCAUGUACUUUUCACCUGCCCAUCACCAGCACUGGUCGACUGUGGUUCAUGCUUGCUGAUUAUUCCGUCAGUAUUUCUCUCUUCAUCUUUUCUUUCGGCUUUUUCCAAAUCAGUCCAAAGCACGGAACAAGGAGCGGAAAAUUUGAUCUGUGCAACUUCGUCAUUAUUUUUUUUAAUCAUUUCCUCUAACUUGGAAAUUCAAUUCAAUUAAAAUACGUCCCAAACUUUAUUUUCUAGAAUCUGGGUUGAGAUGAGCUCGCUUGAUCGCCCACCGCGCGUUCGUAUGGCGGGGCCGCUGCGACGAUGAGACUCGCUAGGUUUUUGACGUCAUCGAUUAUUGUACAAUCGGUCCUGCAUUUCAUCUUGAUUUGUGUUCAGAUAUCAGAUUUUUAUUGAAUUAUAUAUUGAUUUCGAUGAUACUGUGUAUUUUCUACUGAAUAAACUUCAGAGGGUGAAA